AUUUAUUCUGUUUAGCCUCUUGAGUGUGAACUCAGACAUGAUAUUAUACAGUAGACACAUUUACUUAUAUGGUUGAGUGGCUGUUUCAGCCAUGUGUCAUGUUAUCUGCUAUUUACUAAACCUUGUUUAAACCAGAUCAUGCACAAGUGAGUUCGUACAAAAAUACAAAAAAAAUUAUGGACCGGUAUGACAGCUGUGAUGAAUAUGUUGAGUAUUACAAACAUCUCAUGUUCAUAUUGGAAUCAAAACAAAAGGAACUUCCUCGGGAUAAUGCCAGUCAAGAUUCGAUUAUGAGUUUUACGAUCGGUGGAGCUGUGGUCGGUGGGCUGCUAGGAGGGGGAGGCGGAGCACUCGUCGGAGCAGUCCUAGGUUACAUGUAUGGUUCGUUUAUCCAGGACUCCUUCAAAGAAAUAAAAGGCAAACUCAGAAACCAGACCAACAGCAGGAAAAGGGAGCUGGUACAUGCUGUCCAAGCCCUGAUCGGAAGCAACUCUAAGGCUGAACUAGACCUUUACGUGGAGGCUCGAUCGCAGCAAAAACAGCUCAUGGACUGUAUCAUGAAAUUCACUUGAACAAUUCGUGUCUGUAUCACGAAAUUUGCUUAAAUAAAUCAUAGACUUUA